CACCGUCAUUCUUUUGACCGACAAGUCCUUACCUCUCGCACUCAGCUUCUUCAAGCACCCUGAGUGACAGUCUUUCGUUAAUCUUGUUUACCCACCUACAGUCACUCGUUGCCCCUAACUUACCACUUAAUAAUACCCUAAUAUCAACAACAUGAAGUCCGCUUCCACCCUUCUCCUCGCCGGCGCUGCCGCUGCCUAUGAAUAUGGCUACACGUCGAGCUCCGAGGUUGGAUACACAACCAUCACUCCGGGUGGCUCCUAUGCGCCCGUUACGGUCACUUCGCAAUACCAACCCAUCCCGACGUACGAUUCGGAGCACUCAAGCUACAGCUCGUAUCUGUACGUCUCCACCAUCAUCACUGACGCCGAUGGCAACCAGUGCACUAUCACCAAGACCGAAGAACCGGUGACAGUCGCUCACUACAAAUCAACCAUCACGCACACCACUGUCGCCACAGACUACGGAUAUGCCGUGCCGACUGGCUACUAUCCCUCUGGCAGGAAGAACGCGACGUCCACUCCCGUCUACCGCACCAAGUCGUGGGAGGAGCUGUACGAGAAGAUCGACAAGGUUCCUUACAAGGAGCUCGGCCCCAGCGCUCUCCCCAACUACCCUGGAUCCGGCCUCUGCGGUAGCGAGUGCUACGGUGAGGAGGACACCAAGUAUCAGCCUGUCGAGGUUAGCGAGUACAGCAACGGCAAGUGGUCGACGUACCGCGAGACCCACACCUACGGUGCCCCCAAGCCCUCGGUCAAAACUUACGACACUCCGGGCACUUACACGGUCCCGGAGUAUGACAUGACCGUCCAUAAGUCGACCACUGUUCCUGCUGAGGCUACUUACACUGCUCCUCCCGGCAAGACCGUCACUUACGGCGGCUCCACGACCGAUGUCGCGCAUCCGACCACGAUCACCGCCGCCUAUGGCGCGUACGAAACCCACGGCACCAAGACCAAAACCGUCAUCAAAUACGUGACCAUCACUGCGACCAAGCCUGGAAAGUACACCAUUGCUAAGCCAACCACCACCCACUACGAGACCGAGCGCGAAUGCCACUACCCAACUGCUCAGGUCUACCCUCCAGGCGUCUACCACCACUCCAAGGAGACCGUCACCAUCACCAAGUCGCACGAGGCAUACACCUGCAGCUACCACAAGACUAGCACCUACCCGUCUCCUUCAUCCACUCCUUCCGUUACCAAGGACAGCUACCCGACCACCACCUCUUCGCACGACACUUAUCCCACUGAGACCUCAUCCACCAAGGGCGACGAGUACCCUACUCCUUCGAGCACCACGCCCUAUGGCCCAGACCCGUCCUCGGACUACGAGGAGCCUGCCGAGAGCUAUGGCACGCCGUCUGCCGGCUACGUCAAGCGCGGCGGUAUGCUCGAGCGCCGCAAGGCCGAGGCCCCGGCGAAGAAGGCUGCCCCGGUUGGCAAGCGCGUCAUUCUCGUUUAAACGCAUCAACACACGUUCAAACGCCAUCACGACCGUCUGGGCACAAGGGGGAUGAGGAGUGGUUUGGUUCUCUUUUCUUUCUGUAUCUCAGGAUAGGGUGUUUUGGGGCCUCUCGCGACGGGGAUUUGAAAGGGACGCGAUUUUCUUGGGUCUGGGGAGGCUAGACUGGUGUAGACUAAUCUUCUUGUAAUGGGAUUCCUCGUCGCGGUCAUAUCUUCGUGGUUUCUUUCCGAGCAUUUCAGCGGCUGCAUCUAAUGACACUUCCCUU